GAGUUACAUUCAUCUGUAUCUCUCUACGAAAAACAGCAAAUCCUUCAGACGAAAAUGAGCGGUAGAGGCAAAACCGGUGGUAAAGCCAGAGCGAAGGCUAAGACUCGUUCAUCCAGAGCCGGGCUUCAGUUUCCCGUCGGCCGUGUUCACAGACUUCUUCGCAAGGGUAACUAUGCAGAGCGCGUUGGUGCUGGAGCUCCAGUUUAUCUCGCCGCUGUGCUCGAGUAUCUUACUGCUGAGAUUCUGGAGUUGGCCGGAAACGCCGCUCGUGACAACAAGAAGACUCGCAUCAUUCCCCGCCAUUUACAGCUGGCAGUGCGUAACGACGAGGAGUUGAACAAACUCUUGGGUCGCGUCACCAUCGCGCAGGGUGGUGUGUUGCCCAACAUCCAGGCUGUGUUAUUGCCAAAGAAGACCGAGAAGCCCGCUAAAGCAAAGUAAACUAUCCAGUUCUCCAAAACGAAACAAAAGGCUCUUUUAAGAGCCACC